AUGGCUAGCACGGAAAACGCCGAGAACACCACUCCCAUGCAUGACCUGAAAACCGACCCCGAAGACGUCAGAGAGCCAAUUCCUGAUGACAAGCCAGGCGAUGCCAGUCAUGCCACAAAAAUGGAAGAUGAUGGCCCUCCUGAUGGUGGCGUCGCUGCAUGGCUGGUCGUCCUGGGAGCGUGGUGCUGCUCCUUCGCCACCCGGGCUGGAUCAACACAAUGCUCUUUCAAAGGUGUGGGCAGCUUCCAGCAGUAUUACGAGACCGGGCCUUUGAAAUCCUACUCCAGCAGCACCAUUGGGUGGAUUCCGUCGCUCCAGCUGUUCUUCAUGUUCGCCCUAGGGCCUGUCGUUGGCAUAAUAUUCGACAACUACGGACCGAGGCCGCUCAUCAUUGGCGGGACGCUUCUUCACGUCUUUGGGCUGAUGAUGGCGUCGCUGGCCAAGACGUACUAUCAGUUCAUCUUGUCCCAGGCGCUUGCCUGCGUCUCAACCUGGUUUUCCAAGAAGCGCGGAGCAGCGAUGGGCAUUAUGGUGACAGGCUCAUCAGUCGGCGGUGUCAUCUUCCCUAUUAUGAUCACUUGA